AUCCCUCAGCAGUGCCACAACUUUAAUACCAGGAUAAGGAGCUUAACCCCGUCUCCCAGUCUCUCCUUCCAAUCCUCUCCACUCUCACCCACAAGCCGCAGGGCAGAAGACAUCUUCAAUAGAGACCAAUUCAACUGCUGAGGGGUGCCCAUAACCAACCGCAGUCAUGUGUGACCAGACGUUCAUGGCCAUCACCUUUGGCCCCUGCGACAGCUGCUCCAAGGCCAGCCCUCUGAUGAACAUCUACAUCAAGAGUGACCCCAUCAACUACUGCUCCUUCUGCAUGGAGAUGAUGGCGUGUCAGGCUCUGCAGAGCGGCGAGUCCCUGGCGACGCUGAAGAACGAGAGCGAUAGUCUGAAGAAGAAGCUCGAGGAGGAGCGCGCGAAGCUGCACGACGUGGAGUUGAACCAGGUGGCUGAGAAGGUGGAGCUGGUGUCCGCUCUGUCCAUCCGGACCCGGCGGGUGCUGAAGGGUCACGGCAACAAGGUGCUGUGUAUGGACUGGUGCAAGGACAAGCGCCGCCUGGUCAGCUCCUCACAGGACGGAAAAGUGAUCGUGUGGGAUGGCUAUACUCUCAAUAAGGAGCACGCAGUGACCAUGCCGUGCACGUGGGUGAUGGCGUGUGCGUACGCUCCCUCAGGCUGCGCUGUGGCAUGCGGCGGAUUGGAUAACAAGUGUUCCGUCUACCCGCUGUCAUUGGACAAGAACGAGAACCUGGCCGCCAAGAAGAAGUCUGUUGCGAUGCACACCAACUACCUGUCAGGGUGCAGCUUCACCAACUCCGACAUGCAGCUGCUGACGUCCAGCGGCGACGGCACCUGUGCCCUGUGGGACGUGGAGAGCGGCCAGCUGCUGCAGAGCUUCCACGGCCACACGGCGGACGUCCUCUCGCUGAACCUCGCCCCCUCCGAGACCGGCAACACCUUUGUCUCAGGGGGCUGCGACAAGAAGGCCAACGUGUGGGACAUGCGCUCCGGGCAAAACGUCCAGUCCUUCGAGACCCACGAUUCAGAUAUCAACUGUGUGAAGUACUACCCCACAGGAGAUGCCUUCGCCUCGGCCUCCGACGACGGCACUUGCCGUCUGUACGACCUGCGGGCGGACCGCGAGGUGGCCGUGUAUCAGAAGGACAGCAUCAUCUUCGGUGCCUCCAGUGUGGACUUCUCUCUCAGUGGCCGCUUGCUCUUCGCCGGCUACAACGACUACACCAUCAACGUGUGGGACGUCCUGAAGGGGAACCGUAUCUCCGUCCUGUUCGGCCACGAGAACCGCGUCAGCUGCGUCAAGGUGUCGCCGGACGGCACGUCCUUCGCCUCUGCGUCCUGGGACACCAGUCUGCGGAUCUGGGCCUAGAAUCGUGGCGUUUCCAUGGUGACCCACGGAACCCGGAUACACAGGGUACAGUAGGCACUGCCUGGAGAGCCAGUGGCGGCCAACGUCAAAUGAUGAAUGCUGGUUCCCCAUCUCACACACACACACACACACACACACACACACACACACACACACACACACACACACACACACACACACACACACACACACACACACACACACACACACACACACACACGCACACACACACGGACAGAGUUGGACUCAAGUUGUAUCGGUAUAUUCUAACAAUGUAUGAUGAGCCCAAAAGUGUCCCAUGGUAGAUGGCGAGCAGGGUGUUAGGUUUGUAUUGCUACACAUCGCUUGACAACUUGACCACAGAUGUAUUGUAUUGUAUUAGAAACAAUGGUUAUAAUAUUGUAUAAAUAAAAGCCAACGUUAGACAAAUAAACCCUAAAUGACCUCUAGAAUGGACUCCCAAAAGCUUAUGCUGCAUUAUCCCGUGACACAAUAGACCUACUAUGGACUCACUGAAUCCACGGUUUCUUAGUAUUUACCCCAGAAGGUAGUGGACUGUUCAGACCAACAGUGUUAAAGCACAACCACCCCCCUGAUUAUGUCUUCCUACGACCCCCCCCCCCCCCCCCCCCCCACUGGGACGGACCCCAGUGGAGACCUGCCUGUCUGCUCUUCUGUUGUCACAUGACUUUUACCUCAACUUGACUUGCCAAGCCAUUUCCUUGUAUAACAAUUAAAAAGAAAAACAUUCAAA